CUAAACACGGACGUUUGUAAAAGUUAUCGAUAUAAUAAUAUAUUUUCUUGAGCUAAAAUAUCGCCACUGUACGAUGUAUCAUCUCUAAGUUCAGCGCGUUGCGUGUUGCCAACUAUUAAGUAUUUACGCUUACCAACACUAACGCCGCCGCUGCUUAAAAUUCCAACAUUUGAAAAACCCAGUAAUAAAGCGCAGCUGCUGCGCAAGAAACUGACAUAAAACUUCGAUAAAAAGCACUAAAUCCAUUGGAUCUGUGCGUGCCGUAGCCUCCGAAAUUCAACAAGAUGUCCAGCUGCGCGUCGAGGCAGCGGAAAACGGGGAAAUCCUCGCGCAUUCCGCCGCAAGCCAGGGAAUACAUUUCGGAAAUGGCCGAGGAUCGGGAGCUGGAACGCUUCAUGGCCCUGUCCUCGACAGCGAGCAGUGGAGCGAGUGGCAGCCUCCACACCUGCGCCGUGCGUGUCACUGUAUCAAAAGAGCGUACUGCGGGCUCUCGGCCUGGAGCCCCUGGCCACAGAGCCCGCCGUCCCAGGAGCAGGGAGGACCAGACUGAAGAAGCAGAAGAAGCACCUGAAGAGGCCCUCUUGCAGCUGCCAGUAUCUCCCACGGGCGAAAAGGCAGCGAAGUCAAUGAAAAGCCAAGAGAAUUCGCCCGACGCGGAUAGCUAUCGCAUUAUUCCGAUUGUGCUGGUCGACGAUCAGUGCAAGCCUCGUCCAGUCGCUGCCACGCAAACCAUGUCCCUUUCCGUGGAGGACCUGCGCACACCCACCAAGCUGCCUGCAGAGAUGCACACAAAGAAGACGCAGACGCCGGAAUCUGCUCUCAAGUCACAUAAGCGCCUGGAAUGGGAUCCGGCGGCCGACGUUGGGUACUACAAGCGAGCGGUGUCCACGAGUAAUAUCAGCACGCUGGAGCGUUCCGUUCUGGAGGAGUGCGGCUGGCGCCAACCGAUGCAGCAGCAGCAGCAGCGGUCCGAGACGGACUUGGAUAGAUUGCAGCGUCACGAGGGCGAGGAAAAGACAGGGACGCCCAUGCAGGAGAAGACAACUGUACCGCUAGCAUCCAGUACUAUGGUGAGCCGCCAGGUGGCAUCCGCAGGCGCCUCAAGAAAAGCGGAUUUGUAUAGCAGCUCCAGAAGCGAGAUAUCUAAUGGCAGCUCCAGAGGAGACCCAGUGAACAGCAGCUCCAAGAGAGACGGACCUCUCAGCAGCUCAAAGAGUGUGACUUCGCUGAGCAGCUACAUGAGAGAGGCUCCGCCAAGCAGCUCCAAGAGUGUGGCUUCCUGCACCUCCAAGAGUGUGGCUUCCUUCAGCUCCAAGAGUGUGGCUUCCUUCAGCUCCAAGGACAGCUUCAAGCAAGACGGUUCCCACAUAAGCUCCAGAACAGGAGCAAGCUCCAGAAAGCAGGAACUAGGAAAUAGCUCCAGUAUAGACGCUCUGCAGGCGCAUAUUAGCUCCCGAAAGGAAUCACUCAUCAGCUCCCGACGCGAGUCGCUAGCUAGCAAUUCUCAGGUAGCAUCAAGGCUUAGUUCCAGAGCAGAACAGUCUCAGAGCAGCUCCCGCAUGGGUUCCGAAAUAAGUUCAAGGCGGGAAUCCCAGGGCGGGACCUCGUUAUAUGGCAGCUCAGCGGCCAGCAGUUUCGACUACCACAUCAACAGGGAGGAGGAGCUGGAGUGGCACAAGUCACUGCAGAUGCAGAAGCAAAAGGAGCCGCGACGAGAGCAGUCAAGGGAGCCGCGACAAGAGCUGCGCCGGGAGCACAGUCAUCAGGCUAGCGAUCAGCGCAAGGAUCCAAGUGGGACUGACCGCAGCGAAAAGGAUUAUAGGCAAAAGGAGCAGAGGAACAAAGAUCAGAGGAAGACGGAGCUGCGCAGAGCGGAACAGCGUGAGAAGGAGCUCGAGCAGGAGCGCCAGUUUACAGCCGCUCAAUUCGAAAGGGUCCUUGGUCGCCGGCGCGAGAACAAGGAGAACCUAAAACCACGAUCCGCCUCCACGUCCGCAUCCUCGCUGCACAGUUCAGCCAGAGCUGCAGCUGGCCCCAAAAGAGACCUCGACCUGGGCAUUGAUCUGCUCUGCUCUUUGGUGGAGGCGCGCAGCCUCAGUCAGGGCCAGAAAAAGUCACUGGUACGCGACAUAGCCAGGCGGAUCGCCUGCCUAGACCUGGCCGAGACAAGCAGCAUAGCGAGCAGUCGCAGGGAGCGGGCAAGAGGUGUUCCUGUGACUGGGCCCACGCAGCGUCAAGAUGUGGCCACAAAUACAUCGGUGACAGGAUCGCAAAGCUCCUCCCUUAAGAGGCAGCCACCAACCGUGGUGAGUUUGCCCGUCCCAGCGCCGCGAAAACGCAACGCAGAGGGCACUCCUUCACCGCUGCCCAGCAGCUCCAUCUCUGCUAUCAGCUCGACCAGUGCCUCCAACGAGGUCAUUACUCAGAAAACAAAUAUACCGACACGAGAUGCCGCUUCCACGGAUGCGGAUGUGGAUGCCGAUCAGGAUGCGGAUGUGGAUGUGGAUGCCGAGCCAAUGUCUGCCAUACGGGACGCUUUGACUCCGAUGACGCAGAGCGAAAUCGAGUACGAGGAGCGCAUGAAGGCGGGCAUGGACCCCGAGCGGAGGAGUCAGCUCAACUGGAUCGAGGCGGAGAUUGAGCGUCUGCAGUCACUGAAGGUCUUUUUGGCGGAAAUCAAGGACAAUCUGCCCAACAGUUCCGUACCCAUGGCACCGGACGAAGAAUUGAUGAUUUCCAGUGACGAAUUGAUAAUUAUAGAGCCGCAGGAUGGAGCUAAAAGGAUGGAGAAGGUGCAGACAGAGUCGUUGCCCAAGGAAGAAGGUAGACGCAACAAAUCGGACAGGCAACUGGUUAAUGCUGUGCCAAGGGAGGACCAAGAGGAAGAUGCAAUUCCCAUACCACCAGUGCGUAUUGAAUCGGUGCGCGUGUCCCCGAGGGUAGCCUGUAACUUGCAGGCACCAUUGCCACCGGUGCCGCCGCCUCAUCGCUAUCCGCGCACUAAGAUGGAUACGCCUGUCCUAGCCUCACACAGCUCCUCCAGCGGCCGCAGCGAAAGCGUUAGCUCCUUUGUUCAGCAAAGACACCGCCGCUUCCGCGAGCAUUACCAGAACCAACAGCAGCAGCAGUUGCUGCUCCUCAAGCAGCAGCAACUGCAGCGCCUGCAGCAGCAACACAAGCAUCAGCAGAAGCAGCAGCAACAGCAGCAGCCGCAACUCUGCCAACACAAGCACCAGCCGCGAGUGGAGCAGCACAACGUUUGUGAGUCCCACCAGUCGAGACACCCCAAGCAGCACAAGGGACAUCACAAGCAGGGGCAACGUGAACACCAGCAAUACAUGCAGAUGAUGCAGUACGACCAGACGGCGGCAUCAGGCAGUGCCUAUGCCACACCCCACUCGAGUGCCAGCGACUGCUACAGCUGUGCGGACAACGAGCGAGAGAGAGCCAUCUACUACCAGGUGGUGAACUCGCCUGGAGCUAGCGCCAGUUACGUCCAAGCGGAACCAGUGGCGACGGCAGCCACAACCACCACUUCGGCCUCCUCGAUGAUGGGCCUCAGCUCAGAGAUGUCUAUACCCAUGGGCAGGAUUAAUACCGGCGAGACGACCACGACGACCACCACCACGCAUCAGUAUGACGAUGUGGCCUGUCAGCGGAGAAAGCGACGUGUCGCCGGCGCUGGUGGUGGUGGUGGUGGUGAAGAGAGAAUGCAGCGCCAGACCCUGCAAGUGCGUCCGCGCGGCAUCGCCUAUGUCAUCCAGUUCAGCCCGUCGGGCAGCGGCGAAGUGGUGCCGGAAACGCGUUCCCUGCAGGACCAACUGCAGCUGGCCCGUCCUGAGUUCUGUGCCAAGUCCAAGCAACGGAAGGCCAUCCUGAAUCAAAUGCAAAUGAUGCGCAAUUUGCGCAGACGAGAAAUGGACGAACUGGUAGCGGAGAACAAUGGCAGCCUAGAGACACUGGACAGGCGGCUGCGCUUGCAGCUUCCGCCGCCGGCCACUACGCGUCUGAGAAUAUUUACCACCAAGGAAAUGAAGGCCAUGACCACCAAGAAGUGCCAAAGAUUGCCCGAGGUAUUGGACGCGGUUAAUCGCGAAGUGGAGUUGCGCAGGCGUCGUACCAAUCGCCUGAUGCGAGAUUUAUUUAACAAGCGCAUGCGAAAUCGUGUGUCCAAUGGACAAGUCUCGCUAAAUCACAGCAGGACAAUCAUCUAGGCAGGAUGCCUCACAGCUAGACAAUCAGCACAAAAGGACACUCCCAGUACAAAAAUUUUAGGAAUUUUAUAUUCUGUUUUCUAUUUUUUAUCAUGAGAAAUGUUAAAUUUAUAAGUAGUUUCUAAAUUAGGUGAUUAGGAUAGGAGUUAUAUGGAAACUUUGAAAUGAUCUGGCACGAAUAGCUUAACGUACCAAAGGGGAACUACGAUUUUGGUUUAUUUAUUUUAAUUCUGAGUUUAAUUUUAACAUAAAGAAAUAUGUUUUCAAGUCCAAACAAAAUAUAUAAACACAGGACAGUUAUCAAUGGAAUAAGUUGGACCAGGAAUCAUUUCAAAUUUUCCAUCAUCGCAAUUAUAUUUGUCGUAUCUUCUAAAUGUUAAAUUACGAUUGUAAUUAUUAUUAUUCAAGCCAAAUUACAAUGAAAUAGCAUAGACCUAUGUUCAGGGCACACAAACAGUUUUUAUAAUGUUUAAUAUUCAAAUGUUCGGAAAAAAUUAUUAAUAAAA